ACAGUUAGCGUGGCUGCCUUCUGUGAGGACGACGUCAACCUGUGGAUGAUGGGCCUGAACUGGCUGGUGACAGACACGCAGAAAGCCCAGACGCCGCUGCAGACCGAAAGGUGGCUGCGGAAACAGUUUGACUUGAUGGACAGGACCAGAGAGGGCAGUGUCACAGUGAAGGAUCUGAAGACCUGGCUGCCCCAGGUGAACUAUCGGGUGCCCAACAUGAGGUUCCUGCGGGACAAGCUCGUGGAAGUGGAAGCCAGGAGCGACAUGGCCUUCACCCACUUCACUCACUUCUACAAAAACCUGAUGUUCGAAGCUCAGAAAUCGAUAAUUGAACAGCUGGAACUCUCCUUCUCCUUGCGGAACGUCGACCGGGCAGAGCUGUGCCAAAUUACACUGUACGACUUCCAGAAGUUUCUGCAGUACGACCAGAAGGAGCCCUGGGCCAGUGACAUCGGCAAGGUGCGGGAGUACAUGUGCAGCUACCUCAGGGACCCCUUCAGUGACAUGGCAGAGCCCUUCUUCCAGCUGGAUGAGUUUCUGAUGUACCUGUUCUCCAGGGAAAACAUGGUCAUGGAUACCAAGUACGAGCGGGUGGUCCCAGAGGAGAUGAACUACCCGCUCUCCCAGUACUGGAUCUCCUCCUCCCACAACACGUAUCUGACUGGGGACCAGUUCUCCAGCGAGUCCUCGCUGGAAGCCUACGCGCGCUGCCUCCGGAUGGGCUGCCGCUGCAUAGAGCUGGACUGUUGGGAUGGUCCCGACGACCUGCCAAUCAUCUACCACGGACACACCCUCACCUCCAAAAUCAAAUUCCUGGAUGUCCUGCACACCAUCAAGGAGCACGCCUUCGUGACCUCUGAGUUCCCCAUCAUCCUCUCCAUCGAGGACCACUGCAGCAUCGUCCAGCAGAGGAACAUGGCCUCCCAUUUCAAGAAGGUCUUCGGGGACAUGCUGCUCACCAAGCCGGUGGACAUCAACGCCGAUGAGCUGCCUUCCCCUACCCAGCUCAAGAAGAAAAUCCUCAUUAAGCACAAGAAGCUGGUGGAAGGGAACCUGUACGAGGAAGUCUCCAUGGCCAGUUACUCGGAGAAUGACAUCAGCAACUCCAUCAAGAACGGCAUCCUGUACCUCGAGGACCCCAUCGACCACACCUGGAGCCCCCAUUACUUUGUUCUGACAAGCAACAAGAUCUACUACUCCGAGGAGACGUCCCACUACCAGUCCAACGAGGACGAGGAAGAGGUGGAGCAAAAAGAGGAGUUUAACAACAACGAGCUGCACUUCAGCGAGAAGUGGUUUCACGGGAAGCUGGGCGGGGGCCGCGACGGGCGCCAGAUCGCCGAGAAGCUGCUGCACGAGUACUGCACCGAGACGGGCGGGAAGGACGGCACCUUCCUGGUGCGGGAGAGCGAGACCUUCGUGGGAGACUACACCCUCUCCUUCUGUCGGUGGCUGUGGGCAGAACGGCACAGGUGCAGGACGGGGACUGGAACGAGGCUCCCAAGACGCAGACGGCUGCUGCUCCAGCCAGGGGGCCUUGCCGGGGGCUGUGAGAAUGGCGCUUUCCCCCGCUUUCCCGGCUGGUGGCCAUUACAAGGCAGCACAGCCCCACGCCAUCGGCCCAGUCUGAGUCACACGCCCUGGGGAUGCCUCCGCAGCCUGAGCACACCUGUCCCCCGUCGCUACUCACGGGGAGCGAGCGUCACACCUAGACACUCAGUCAAACAGUCAUACAGGCAACAUCCCGGACACGUCUCCGGGGCCCGGCAGGGUGGAAAGCCAGACCUGGAUUCCUGCGCUUACCGCACAUGGGCUCAGCCUAGGAGCUUGAAGGGAGUUAGCGCCUCUCUCAGUGGCCCGGGGUCCGGACGAUGCGCUGAACUGAUCUCUGUGUGUGCUCGUUCCCGGCCCAGGUGGUACCAUGCCAACCUGACCCGCCUACAGGCUGAGCAUAUGCUGAUGAGGGUGCCCCGGGACGGAGCCUUCCUGGUGCGCAAACGCAGCGAGCCCAACUCCUAUGCGAUCUCCUUCCGAGCGGAGGGCAAGAUCAAGCAUUGCCGCAUCCAGCAAGAGGGCCGGCUCUUCAUGCUGGGCAGCUCAGCCGAGUUCGAGAGCCUGGUGGACCUGGUGAGCUACUACGAGAAGCACCCGCUGUACCGCAAGAUGAAACUCCGCUACCCCAUCAACGAGGAGACGCUGGAGAAGAUGGGCACGGCUGAGCUGGACUACGGAGCCCUGUACGAAGUGCGGACUCCUCACCUCUACGUGGAAGCCAACAAGAUGCCGAUGGCCAGGUGCACGGUGAAGGCCCUCUACGAUUACAAAGCCCAGCGGGAAGACGAGCUCUCCUUCUGCAAACAGGCCAUCAUCCACAACGUGGACAAGCAGGAUGGAGGCUGGUGGCGGGGAGACUACGGGGGCAAGAAGCAGCUGUGGUUCCCAGCCAACUACGUGGAGGAGAUCAUGAACACGCUGGUGCAGGAGCAGGACGAGGCUUCCGCAGAAAACAGCCCCCUGGGCAACUUCCUGAAAGGGUUCAUCGAUGUCCCGUCCUGCCAUGUAGUUAUCUCCAAAGACGGGAGGAGCUCCAAACCAUUUGUCUUCACCAUCCAUUCCCAGCAGAUGUCCCACCCGGCCCAGUCGCUGGACGUGGCUGCCGACACGCAGGAGGAGCUUAACGACUGGGUGGCCAAGAUCCGGGAGGCCACGCAGAACGCAGACGCCAGGGUGAGUGGCCGGCGCCGGGCGCAGCAGCCUGAUGCCUCUCGAGCCGGGGCCUCCAGUGACCACCCACCGACCUUGCCUGUUGUCCUUGCAGAGAUCGGCACGGACAAGGCCUGCUACCGGGACAUGUCCUCCUUCCCCGAGACCAAGGCCGAGAAGUACGUCAACAAGAUCAAAGGCAAGAAGUUCCUACAAUACAACCGGCUGCAGCUCUCCCGCAUCUACCCCAAGGGCCAGCGCCUCGACUCCUCCAACUACGACCCCCUGCCCAUGUGGAUCUGUGGCAGCCAGCUGGUGGCGCUCAACUUCCAGACCCCAGAUAAACCAAUGCAGCUGAACCAGGCGCUGUUCAUGCUGGGAGGCCGCAGUGGCUACGUCCUGCAGCCAGACAUUAUGCGGGACGACUUGUUUGACCCCUUUGACAAGAGCAGCCUGAAGAUUGUGGAACCCAUCACAGUGCAGCUCCAGAUCGUAGGGGCCCGGCAUCUCCCCAAGAAUGGCAGGAGCAUCGUGUGCCCCUUCGUGGAGGUGGAGGUCUGCGGCUCGGAGUUUGACAGCAGCAAGAACAAGACGGACGUUGUAGCUGAUAACGGCCUGAACCCCACGUGGCUUCUCAAGCAGUUCGUCUUCGACAUCAACAACCCUGAGUUUGCCUUCCUGCGCUUCGUGGUGUAUGAGGAGGACAUGUUCAGCGACCCCAACUUCCUGGCCCAGGCCACCUUCCCCGUCAAGGGACUCAAGACAGGCUACAGGUCCGUGCCCCUGAAGAACAGCUACACGGAGGACCUGGAGCUCUCCUCCCUGCUCAUCCACAUCGAAAUCGUCAACGCCAAGGAAGAAGACGACGAGAACCUGUAUUCCUCCAUCCAGCAGCUGCGGGACCGAGCCAGCGAGCUCUCCAACCAGGUAUCCAGCUUCGAGCACAGCAACAACUGUGACCUGCGCUACCAGCAGCGGCUGGACGAGCUGCGGGCGGCCCAGGAGCGGCUGAUGGAGCUGACCGAAGUGCGCAACAGGAAGCUGAUGGAGAAGAAGAAGCGAGAUCGACAGAUGGCCACCAAGCGCAACUGAGCCUGCUGCGGGGUCUCCAGCUGGCACCCCGUACUGGCGAGCCCGGAGAGUCCUGCCCACAGGAGAUCUGGCCACUGACACCAGCCAUCCCCCGACGGCCCAGUUUCCCAUCUGGCUCGCUGCCUUUGCCCUGCCCCAGCCACCUGCCCUGCAGGAGAGACACUGGAGGCUGGCCCCGUGGCACUUGCAGGCCCCGCAGAGCGCUGGAGGUGGCUCCCAGAGCUGUGUCCGCCCUUCCCUGUUGUAAUCACCAAGCUUCUCAGUGCUCUAGAAACGGCGUCCCGGGCCAGAGGCCUUGAGCAGCCCCCCGGGGGCAGAGGCUCCCACCGGCUGCUUUAUCCCCAUUCACUCCCGUCAGUUUCAACGUGUGUUUCAAACAGUGUUCGCCACCGGGGGAGGGAGCUGCAGGUUCAAACCCUUCGGAGCUCCUGUGUUUGUGGUGGGGUCCGGAGAGGACACGUCUCUGCCUUACGAAACCACCGCACGCUCAGGGGCCCGGGCCGUCCCCGGAGUCAGGGGGGACGGCAGAGCAGAUGGAGGGGCAUGGGCCGAGCUGUGUGUGGUCCGGGGGCUGCAGGUGAUCACGGAAGGGCAUUAGCCGAGCUGUGAGCGGAGACCCUCGGCCAGACAGCAGGAGGGCAGGUUUCCACGGAGGUUGGAGGAAACCCUGCCCCUAUUUAUUUAUUUAUUGGGUGGCUGGCACUCGAUCCCCUCCUCCGUGGUCCUUCAGAGUUGGGGUGACGCUUGCUGAUGGCUCUCACUGAACUGCAAGGCCCUGGGGGGCUGCUGGGAGUGACCCCCCGGCUCCUGCCAGGCACUGAAAGAAACAGCUCCCUGCAAGCAUCCCCAGGGCUGCCAAAGGCAAGUCCCAGUUGGACAGACACGCUUCGUGGGGAGCCUCAGGAUGAAUGGCCAAAAGCUGGAGCCACGCGGGUGAGGGGGGCUUCCCAGCAUGUGCCCAAGCCCCCUUGAUGUUGUCGUUGUGGCCGCCAGGCGAGCUUGGCGCCUGCACGUUACUGCCCGUCCCCUCGAGCAGAACGAGGCGGGGAACAGGGCGGAGGACUCAGUGGACACAGCUGGGGCUUUCCAUCUCCUCCAGGCAAGACAGCUCCACAACCCCCGCAGGCAGGGGAGCCAGCAUCGUCCGCCUCACCGGACCAAUGAAGAAACCGAGGCACAGAGAAGGGAAGACUCAGCUGUCCAGCAGGUCGUGCGGCCUCCCUUAGGGUUAGGGGUUGGUGAGGCCCCAGAAAGGCCUGUCGGCAGGUGCAGUCUCGCGUGCACAAUGGCUUGGGUUAGGCCCCCAGACAGGAGCCCGGCUCACUCUGCGCCUCUCCUGAGUCCAUGCCCAGCACACACACGGGAUUUCCACUGGCUGCCUGAGCCAGUUCCCAGGCCGGCCAGCUGCACAGAGAUGAGUUACGCCCAGGGACUGUGCAGGGGGGUGUAGAAUCUGCAGAGGGUCCUGUUCCCAGCCUCGGUAUCAGAGCAUCAGUGUCCUGUGAAAAACCAACUGCUCCUGCCAGAGAGAGGCCCGGGCACAGCCCCACCCAGCUGCCUUUCAGGGAGGUAAAACCAAGGACCUGAGCGCACCGGUCACUACGUGUCCUUGUUGUGAUUAUAAAUCCCAGCUAGAGUGCCAGAAAUAGAGUUGACCCAACACCAGUCUCCUGCCUCGCAGGGCUCACAGUCCAAAGUCAGGUGACAGACCAUAAACAGGACCCCGUCCCUGGAGGGUGCAGGCAAAGGGAGCUCGGCCUAUGAUUGUGGGGAGGUUGUGGAGGGCACGUGGCGCAGGAUGGGAGAAAGAAGGAAACAGGUGGGCAGAGACAGGAGAAGGGAAGGCCUUAAAUUCCAGCUCAGGUAACUACGUUCUGCUAAGCUAACAUGCCCGUGCAGUUAGUCAGAGUUUAUCUUUGCUCUUCUUUAAACACUCUUGUGUGGUGUUGCUGUAUGCUGUUAAACAGCUACCACAUCCCACCCCAGAGCGGGCUGCAUUUCAGGGAGGCAUCUCUAGAGCACUUUGGGAUCCUUCAGGAUGAAAUGUGCUAUAUUAUUACUGUUCUUAUUUGUACUUCUAUGAUGAUAGCCAAUACCAGGGCUGCACUGCACUAGGAGCGGCAUAAACAUAAAUAUGGGCAGUCUGUGCCUCUAAGAACUUACUAAAGAGACAGAGAAGGCCGAAGGUGGGAGGGGACACUGAGGCACAAAGCGGCAAAGUGACUUGCCCAAGGUCACACAGAAGGUCCAUGGCGGAGCGGGACUUAGAUGCCAGUUUGCUGAGUCCAGCCCACGCUGCCACACGCUACAGAAGGGAGCCGAGAAUGACCAACCCCCGGCUGAGAUCCCUGUGCUGCUACAGAUCCCUGCCAUUCCAGCCUGCCUGAAUCCCGGCUCUUUAAAAGCUGUGCCUUGGAUUGCAGAGCAGUGGUGGGGACAGUGAAACCACUUCCAAGGAAUCCCAGCCAGAGCGUUCCUCCCUGACAGAGCCCCAGUGGCAGGGGUGGGCAAGAAUUUUUAAAGGGGGGUCACUUCGUAAAUUUCUGAAUUGGCCCUGAGCUGCCCCGGAAGGGGCGGGGCCUCGGGCUGCAGGGGCGGGGCCUCGGGCAGCAGGGGCGAGGCCAAAAGACUUCUCAUGCUUCCCUGCCCACAGAUCCGGAUCAGCCUGGCGGAGGGAGCGUGUGAAGUCUUGUCCCCCGGCGCCCAGAGCGAAUCGCCAGCUGUUUUAAAGGAGCUGGCGGUUCCCUCUAGGCACAGCAGCGGCAGGAGACUUCACACGUUUCCCCUGCCCCCAGGCCAAUUGGGGGCUGAGGAGCACGCUAAGUCCCUCAUCCCCUGCCCCAGCCCUGCCAGGGGCGUGCGGCACCAGAGGGAACCACCGGCUGUUUUUAAAAAGCUGGCGGUUCCCUCCAGCCGCCGCGCACCCCUGGCGGAGGAAGAGGCUUCGUGCCACUCCCCAUCCCUCGGUCUCGUUUGGCCUGGGGGUGGGGGAGUGGCAAGGCAGCCGUAGGCCACACCCACCAGCUCGGCAGGCCGGAUGCAGCCCGCAGAGGCUGUCUUGCCCGUCCCUGCCCAAUGGGAUGAAUAAAGGGAGAGCAGGAAGCCAUCGUGGAUUCAUGGCUGGGGUAUGAGCGGUUGUCCAGCCUCUUGGCUCCAAGAGUGCACAUCUCCUGGGCCAUCUGUAGUGCUGGGGUGGGCCAACCAGUAGAAGCAGGGCCCCGUGGGAUGUGGGGAGAAACCUGCGUCCCACCUGAGCACCGCAGCCGCCCAUGGCAAACAAUCCAAGUAGGGAACUUCUGACCGUGCCCAAAAGGGUCCGCAAAGGGCUCCUGUGUGCCCCCGACUCUGGGAUUGUGCAUGUAACAUCAUGAGGUGUGGGGGGAGGGUGCCGGAGGAGUCUCCGUGGGCCAAGCAGCCCUGGUGUAAGCACUGAAGCCAAUGGAGUUGUGUUCACCUACACCAGCAUUGAAUCUGCCUUGGUAUUUGCUGUGCCCCACGUGGCCAAGGGGGAAAGCUGGAGGCUGUUGCAGCUGCACUGGUUCGAAGCCCUGGUUCCCCAUCCCUGUUCUAUAGGAGGUUCCCGUUGUACACCAGCCCCAGAAAGCGGCAGGAGACGCUGGCCUCGGGGCAGGCACUGGCAUUUCCAGGAGUGGUUAGUAAAAGAAGCACAAGGGAGCCGGAAGACAGGGCUUGCAGCAGCUUCCAGCAGGCACGGCGGCAGGAUGUCUCGUACGUCUCGUGCAGGGGGAGAGGGCGUCUGCGGGGGAUCCAGUGUCCUGUAGGGAGAGCCGUGAAAUCUUUGUAUGAAAAUAAAUCUAUUUAGCCAAUAUUUAUACACA